AAUUCCAAAUUUGUCUCUCCGCUAACGCAAAACCAGAUAAAAGCGGAUAAGACUGCUCUCUCUCUCUCUCUCGCUCGCAGGGACUCCGGCAGGUGUGAUGUUUAGCUGGCAUGGCACCACCGCGCAAGUUAGCACCAGCCUGUCGGGUACAACCUUCGCUCGGUCUCUCACCUCGAAGACUUGGCGGGUGAGGUGCGCAUUGUUCCCCCAAAAAGGGCGGGAGAGCAGGCGGUUGGUCACCAUCUCCUCUGUCCUCCUUUUCAAUUGCCUCUCUAUCCCUAACCAUGGUACGGCGAGCAGCAUUUUUGAUAAGUAUGUGAAAAGGAAAAAGCUAGAUCCACUAGAGUUCUAUGUGCCUGCUAUUAUUCUGACUCAGUUGCAGAUUGAAGACUUGGAGAAAACUUUGGAAGUUGAUCAACCCCAGUAUGCUGCCUGUCGAUCUCUGUUACGAUCAGGCCCUGCAGCAUCUCUUCGUGUAAAUAUUCGAGCAGUUGCACAAUAUGCAUUAGAAGGUGGUUAUGGUAAAACUGCUUUCGACUAUGUUGAUCAAUGUCUCAGAGCCUUGGAGGAACUUGAUUCAUUACUUCUGCGUGCAUCAAGAAAUAAUCCAGAGGCCUCAAUUGGAUUAAUGAAGGCAAACAUUGGGACUGCACUUGAUGCGCUAGACAGCCUCCUAAGAACCGUACCGUCUGAUGUGCUAGAUAAAGGGAAAGCCAUAGCCGAUGCUUACCGGAUCCCUGAAGAAAAUGCGGCACCUGAAAACUCAGAUGGAGAAAUGAAGCAGUUGGAAUCAAUAUUGUAAAGUGUUAAAUCACAAUUCUCUCCAAACAAGUACAAGCUUCUUAUUGUAUUCUCGUCUUCAUGUUCGUAGACAUUUUUCUGCAUAUUAAGUUUUACAACUUCUACCUAUACUAUUGCACUUAAAAGGCUAAUGAAAAUUCAAAUUUAACUGAA